AUGCCUCAGGACAUGCCCCCCGCUGGGGGCUAUCAGCCCAUCCAGUAUAAGCGCAACCUCCCCGUCCGCGGCUUCCGGCCCGUCUACUACCUCGUCGGCAUGCACCUGAUCAUGGCAUACGGCUUCUAUAAGGUAUUCCUGGGAAUCCGGGAGCAGAAUGAACUCGGUCGCGAAAAGAUGUGGUCCCGCAUCCACCUAAUCCCGCUCCUCCAGGCGGAGGAAGACCGCGACCAGGUCCGCAGACACCUGGCGGACAAAGCGCGGGAGAAGCAGCUGAUGGGAUCGGAGACUAAGGUUUAUCAUUCGGACCGAUUCGUGAGGCCGACGUUCUGGUACACGCCUGCCAACGUGACGAAAUAA